UGAAACAAAGAGACAUAGAAUCUGCUGCUCCUAAUUUCUUUUCUAUCUGCUGGGGAAUCACCAGAAUCACUAGAAUUCGCUCGACACAGUGAGGAGAGAAGUCUUUUGGCGAUUAACUGAGAAUUAAUAUGAUUCGAUGAAACAGUGAGUGAUUUUUAGGUCAAAUUCAUAAACCCUAAAUGGAAGGCGAGGGAAUAGGGUUAGUGUUGGCCAGAGCUACCGAACUUAGAUUGAAGAUCGGCAAUUGCAUCCACAGAGCCUCCCCCACUUUGCGCUCCCCUUCCAAUGGCCUCCUAUCGGCGGAACCUCCCGAGGGGAAUGAAGAACUGAAUGACGCAGAAGACGACGAUGACGAUGAAGAAGCGGAAAGGCUAUUAAACAUCUGCGAUGCGCUGGAAUCCCUGGAGAACCAGUUAUCUUCCUUGCAGGUUCUGCAACACCAGCAGCAAUACGAAAGAGAAGUUGCUCUUGCUGAGAUUGAGCAAAGCCGCAAAAUGUUAAUUGAUAAGUUAAAGGAAUAUAAAGGUAAGGGGCUGGAAGUGAUACAAGAAGCUUCUGCCUUUGCUAGCGAAACAGUAGAGCACAACAAUGAUCUGCUUCUUCCUCCAUAUCCAAGCCGUCCUCCCUAUACCAUGAUGCAUAAUUCUGUUUGCAACGGGUUAAUCCCAAUUGAUCCUGAGGUCCAAGCAAGGAAGAGUCUGAGCGAGAAAGAGCAAAAUCAUGUUCAAGAUGGGGUGAAAAAUGCAAGAAAAGGAUUGGGAUUUUUUGUUACUUCUGCAGCCAAAACUGUGUUCACUGUUGUUGGUGUGGUAUCCAUUUUAAGUUUGUCUGGUUUUGGACCUAAUCUGGGGAAGUUAGGUACGAACUUCAACAUUCUAGGCCUGCUUCAUCAGCCGGAAAGCGAGGAUGAGAGAUCAAAAACUAGAUGUCCGCCAGGGAGAAUCCCAGUUGUAGAAAAUGGAGAGGUUCGAUGUGUUGUGAAAGAGAGAGUUGAAGUUCCAUUUUCAGCAAUUGCCGCAAAGCCAGAUAUAAACUACGGAUGUGGUUAGCUCUAGUGCUCAUGUUGUACUUCACUCCUCUCAUUUAUUCCCACUCUACUGUUGUUCAUACCUUUGUUCAGUGGCAUGUAGUUGUCAUGAUUCUUGGUGGUUUAUAUUUAGCCGCAAGGUCUUGAUUGUCUGAGGGAAGUGAGAUCAAGGGUUGUAUAUUUUUCAUGGUCAAUUAGUGUGGUAGUAGAUUUUUUUCAA